AUGUUCAUCGCAAUCAUCGGGACGCCUUCAGCAGGAAAGAAAGUGGUGCUACAGUAUCUGGAAAAGAAAUACGGUUUCCAGCGUCUGAGGUUCGCGAAAGAUCAGCCUAAGGAAGAAGACAUUAGCGGGAGAAUUGCAAAGAUUGAUGUCAAUGGUGAUGGCCAGGUCGCUGCGGCACACACCUAUGCGAACGCCAAUGACCUUUUGGAUUUUGUGACCCACAAUUGGCUUUCGCACUUUGUGACGACCGACUUGACCUCUUUCGACGACGUUGAGCCCUUUGUCAAACGGCCCUUCUUUUUGCUUGUCAGUGUCGACGGGCCGUUGAUCGUUAGAUAUGAACGUGAAAGGGCGAGAGCGGAAUCCUUGAAGCAGACCCUUUCCCUGGAAAAGUUUAUGACCGACCAUGACGCUCUUCUUCAUGGACCUCCCCCCCAAACAUCCAGCCUCCCUACCCUGGCGCACAUGCAGCUCCAGUCCGAUUUCCGGCGAGUCCUUGACUUGGCUCAUAUCCAAGUCAACAACAAUUUCGCCGACAUCUCCGCACUCCACUGGUAUCUGGAUCGACUGGACCUCUUGGAUGAGGGCCGCUUGAGGCCUGGGUGGGAUACGUACUUCAUGACUCUUGCCUCACUCGCUUCCCACCGAUCCAAUUGUAUGAAGCGCCGAGUAGGAGCCCUUCUUGUCCGCUCCAAGCGCAUCCUGUCCACUGGAUACAACGGUACACCUAGAGGAGUGAGGAAUUGCAACCAAGGAGGCUGCUCAAGGUGUAAUGGAAGUGCCCGAGGCGGCGAGGCAUUGAACGAGUGUCUGUGUCUACACGCAGAAGAGAAUGCGCUGUUGGAAGCUGGAAGGGAUCGUAUCGGAGACGACUCUGUCAUCUACUGCAACACAUGUCCCUGUCUUCGAUGUUCAGUCAAGAUUGUACAAUGUGGUGUUCGCGAAGUAGUCUACAACCAAAGCUACAGUAUGGACGAAGCCUCCGCCAUGGUCCUCAAGGAAGGAGGCGUGAUCCUUCGGCAGCUCUCCAUGCCCGAGGCUGUCUGA